UCGUUUUAAGUGAUGGAAAGUACAUUUUGUUGCUAUCGCCGGUUAUAUUUUAUAUAAUGUGGGAUGUUCUGCCAGCAUAAUCAUCAAUUGCUAAGCUUUAAUCAGUGGCUUGGUUGCUCGCUAGCUCAGCAUAAUCAGUGUAAUCUCCAGUUAGCACCAUAGCUAGCUGUUUAUCUAAGGUCUGGCUCUGUGUUCCUGUCCUGAAAACAUUGUCAGUUCACUCGCAAGUAAUCACGAAUGGUGAAGCCUUUGUGGUGUCGCUUCGCUAGCCUUGUCAUCCCAGCUACCAAGUUAACUACUAUUCCUAUUGUCUUCCGAAAUACCAAGCCGGUCGUUAGCACUGUCAGAACUUGUAUACCCACAUUGUCGGGCUUUGCAGCCAAUACAGCUGUCAUGUUUCAAAUGAACCGCGGGAAUUUGUUUGCAAGAUAAAUAUAACGUCAGUGCGUUGCUUUGUCAAAAAGGUUUAUUAAACCUGCUAACUAGAUAGCCAGUUGUCCUAACUUUAAUUGGAUAUGCAAGCUAACUUUCGGGCUAUCUGUUGUUGGAAAACGGUGCAGCUAACGUUACCUAUCAACGGGGAUUUUUAUUUCAUCUUGCUGACAUCAUAUAAUUGUCAGCACCAACAAGAAACUCUUAAGAAAUGGAGGCUGCUGGAUGCAUGGUGACGCAGGUGCAAUCCUUCAAUGCUGAACAACAGGCACACAAUCCUGCAGGUGGACACAGUUGGGAAGUAACUGACAUGACCCGACUGCGUCGUUUUCUGUGCUUCGGAUCAGAAGCAGGUACAUACAGCAUAAAGGACCACCAGCUUGGCAUGGAGAACGCAACCGUGCUGAUGCGACUAAUAGAGGAGGGCAGAGGCUGCGAAGUGGUUCAGGAAAUAAAGAAAUUCAGCCUUGACUGCAGAGCAUCAAAGACAAACCCUGCUCUUUUUGCUCUCGCUGUUUGCUCUCAGCACUGUGAUGUUAAAACCAAGCAGGCCGCCUUCAAGGCCUUGAAAGACAUCUGUCGCCUUCCAACGCACCUGUUCACCUUCGUCCAGUUCAAGAAAGAUCUGAAGGAAGGCAUGAAAUGCGGCAUAUGGGGGCGAGCAUUGCGGAAAGCGGUUGCGGACUGGUAUAAUGAAAAAGACGCAAUGAGUCUGGCACUGGCUGUUACAAAGUAUAAGCAAAGGGCAGGUUGGUCGCACCAGGACCUACUGAGGCUGUCUCACAUGAAGCCUGCAAAUGAAGCUAUUGCGGUGAUCAGUAAGUAUGUAACAAAAGGAUGGAAGGAGGUGCAGAAAUCAUAUGGCGAUAAGGAGAACACUGAGGAAACCACCAAAGUUCUCCAAUACUUGGAGGCAGUGGAGAAAGCUAAACACUCUGAGGAUGAGUUGGAAAUUGUCCAUCUUAUAGAGGAGCACAGGCUGGAAAGAGAACAGUUACUGACCAACCACCUGAAAUCCAAAGAGGUCUGGAAGGCGUUGCUGAAGGAGAUGCCAGUGGCUGAAGUGCUGCGGAACAUGGGUAAAAUGACUGCUGACAAGGUCCUGGAACCUGGAAGUUCUGACUUUGCAGCUCUUUGUGAAAGACUCCAGAACGACUCUGUGCUGAAGAAGGCUAAAAUUCAUCCCUUCCACAUCUUGGUGGCUUCGCAAACCUACAAGAAAGGUCAUGGAAAUAGAGGAAAACUGAAGUGGGAACCAGACGAAAGCAUCAUCCAAGCACUGGACAAAGCCUUUUACAAAUGUUUUCUGAAUGUUGAAGCCACUGGGAAACGGUUUGUAGUGGGCGUGGAUGUCAGCGCACCAAUGAACACUACAGGGCUGGGGAGUCCCAUCAAUGCAGCCACCAUAGCCGCAGCUAUGAGCAUGGUUGUUGUGCGAACCGAGGUGGAUUCCCAGAUCCUUGUUUUUUCUGAAGGAGCGGUCUCUCCCUGUCCUGUCACUGCUGACAUGUCUCUCAUGGAGGUAACAGAAAAAUUGGUGAAGAUUCCCAGUCUUAGUACAGACUGUGCUCUUCCAGUCCUGUGGGCUACAGAAAAGGGCAAAGUAGCAGAUGUUUUUAUCGUUCUCACCAACAACGACACCUGGUUUGGGAAUGUCCACCCGGUAGAGGCCCUGAAGCUGCACAGACAAAAAAUGGGAGUGUUCUCAAAGUUGAUAGUGUGUGGGCUCACGUCAAACAGCCUUGGAGUUGCAGACCCAGACGACCGAGGCAUGCUGGAGGUGUGUGGUUUUGACUCUGGGGCUCUGGAAGUCCUCAACAACUUUGUGCUGGAUCUCAUUUGAGAGACGACAGGAGGAGGAAAAUAAAAAUUAAACCUCAAAAAAUGGACAAGCACCAAACGGAACUGUAAGGUGAACUGAAUUUUGUCAAGGACUGUACCCAGAAAAGCAAACAAAAAAGAAACACUAAACCCUUGCAAACAAAACAAAGAAAUCGUGAAAUUGUAAAGUGAAUCAUCUGUCAAGCACUUACUUUAUUCAUUGAAGAAGGAAGUUUCGAUUUAAACAGUUUCUUAAGGUCCAGCAGGCUGGACAAAUUUGUGUAUUUAAGUGUAAGACAUUCAUGUAAUGAAAUGUGAUUAGGGGCUGGGUGGGGUCAGCAGCAAAUUACAUCAUAAUGUAAUUUUUCAUGGAGGGUUCCAGAGUAGGUCUGGAUUUUGUUUUAGAAAGUUGAUAUAAUGGCAAAGAAGUGAGAUCUGUAGGUUUUGUUGUCUAACAAGCAAAUCUUUCAGCUAAAAUGGUAUGUGUGUGCUGCUAAAGAUUAACACUUUAUCGAUGAAGGUUUGUGUGCCGAAAACAUUUAUUUUGUAAGCUAAUACAAUGCUUCUGUAGUUUUUUUUAUGUACAGUGCAGUCCAUAAGUAUGUGACACAAUUUUUGUUAUUUUUGCUCUGUAUUCCAGCACAUUGGAUGUGAAAUGAAAUGAUGCAUGUGACAUAAGCGUGCAGACUGUCAGGUUUAAUGUGAGGGUAUUUACAUCCAUAUCGGGUGAUCCGUGUAGGAAUUGUGGCAUGUUUUAUACAUAGUCCCCCCCAUUUUAGGGGAACAAAAGUAAUUGGUAAAUUUAGCACGUAUUGUUAUAUUCAGUACUUGGCUGCACUCAAUAACUGGCUGAAAUGUGCAACCUUUUUUAAUUCACCAGACACUGAGUAUUUUCCCUACAUUACUAACAAUGUAUCACACAGCUGAUUUUGACAAACCCAGUGUUUUACUAUGUCUCUGCUUGAUUUAUUCUCAUUGUAUGCCUCAUGAUGGCCUGCUUUACUGGCUUUGCCACUUAUUUGGUCCUCAUGAUGUUGAGAGACAACAGCAGCAGACUCCAAAUGCAAAUUCCACACCUAGAAUCAAUUCUAGCUUUCUUGUGCUCAUUAGCUUUCGUUUGCAUGAACUAAUGAUGCAAAGACGCACAUCUAGCCAAGAGACAGCUGAGCAGACAAUUGUCCAAUUACUUUUGUUCCCCUAAAAUGGGAGGACUAUGUAUGAAAAGGGCUGUAGUUCCGACACCAUUCACCCGAUAUGGAUGAAAAUACCCCCAAAUUAAAGCUUGCCCUUUAACCCCUUGCUUACAGUUUCAUUUCAAAUCCAAUAUGGAGUACAGAGCCAAAACUCUAGCACAUUAUGACGUUGUUGUUCUAAUAUAAUAUGAAUUAAGAGAUGACUGUAGACAGCUCUUUUGUGUUACUUUUUAUCAACACUAUUAUUCUACAUUGUCAUACCCUUAGUUCAAACAGAUUGAGGGGGACAAGCUCAUUUUAGGGCUUAGAUGAGGGACCAGAUUACUCCUGUUAAAUGCUUAAUAGGUCAGGAGAUGGUUUUUUUUUUCUCUCUCGGUCACAGUCAGAAAUCAUUCUAUGCCAAGAACCAUAGCAACUUUGUCUUUGGAAGGGGCAGUGAAUUCCUUUUCUAAUUCUGUCUUUUCAUGUUCUGUUUACAUCCAUCCAUUCAUUCUCAGCAGUGCAAUGUUUGCUAUGCAUUACCAGUAGUGUUUUCCAUCAUUGUACUGUUUUUCUAAUGUUCCAAUCAAGCUCUUUAAUUAUCUGGUCAAAUUAAGGUUGCUGGGAAAGGUGGAACAUACUGUAGUAUAUGUAAGAAAGUAAAAACACUUAGAAGGAAGCGUAAGAAUGUUAGUUAUGCAAAAACUAAUUUAAACUAAUGUACCAGUAGUAUUUCACUACGUUUUAGAUGUAACAGAUACAACUGAAUGUACCUUUAUAAAGUUUCUGUAUGACUUCAGAACUGUAUUUUAAAUUCAAAUGCUUUAUACUUCAAACAUGGCUGAAUAAAGAAGACGAGUAGUAAUGCUUUACAGUGAGGAGUCAAUUCAGUCAUAGAACAAUAGCUUAAGUUCAUGCAAUGACUUCAGACUAAUAACUCAAGGUAAAAUUACCUCUUUUGUCAAAACCAACCAAACUCUUUGUUAAUGGCUCCUGUUUUAUUAAAUCGACCCCUACGUAGAAAAUACUAAUUGUCUGACCAUUUAACUGUGAUUUAUGGGUCCUCUUUGAACCUGUUCUCUCAAUUCACCAUCUUUUUUGUAUUAAUUAUUUUGCAGAUAUGAUUAACAUAUCCCUUUUAUUCAUAAGGCUGGUUUCCACACAGUUGGCCUAGUUUGUUGCCGAUGAGCAUGCAAUACAUACAGGGUCAAUCUGAGUUUGACCUGCAACUUUCAUUUUACUUCUUCAUAGCAUGUUAGAAAAAAUGCACUGAAUCUGAUGGACAAGUAACUUCAUGAAUCUGAGGCACUGGUGUUUAAAAUCUUAGUUUGCAUAGUGGGUGGUAUGCUGAAGAAUGCAUGUUGUAAACCUGCUCUGAAAAAAGGCUUAAAUCACUUCAGUGAACAACUCCACACUCCACGCACAGCUUAUGCAUAUCCAAAUUUAAAGGUCCAGCACUUGAUACUUUAUCUGUAUUGUCUGUCAAAGUGAAGUGACAAAUUUAACCGUCAGUGUAUGCACCUAUUUUAGGCGUGAAACCAUUACAAAUUCAAAUCAACCUAUCAGGACUCCUGCACAGUGUGGAUGUACCUUACAAACCAGUUCUGAGAUGUGAAAUUUUCCUAUUCAAUUUGAACCAAUCUGCCUACUGCAAAUAUUGAAAACUGAAUUGAAAUUCUGUGAAUGAAGGUUUUGCUGAACAUAGUGCCUCUGUUUUUGGAAAGCAGUACUACCUCCUACUGAAUCCUCUUCUCAGCCUUAAGCUCCCUUACUUCUUUGCUCUCAUUCGAUCUUCCUAAUAUAUAUAUAACAAUGUGCCGGCAAGCUUUAUAGCUUUUGCUUGCUAGCCAACUAGUGAACAUUCACAGGGCAGAUUCUUUUUAAUCUUUCUUACCUCCAUAAUGCAAAAUUGGUGGUUGUAUUGGGAUUAAUUGUGAAAUAUUUGUCCAACACUUGUUUUGAAAAUAGCAAAAUAGUAACUUUUUUGUGUGUGACAUCGUACUGUAAAGUUGCUAUGUGCAUGUUGUAUUGUAUAGUGGUUACUAAUGUUUCCUGCUCUGUGUAUACUGUAGGUAUUCAGGGUCCACUUUAGUUCGUUUUUAUUUUGUGCACAUUCAUUCACUCAUUUUACCUCCUGCCACCAUUUGUAGACGUAGCUAAAUGUUAUAUAGGGCUGAUUUUUUCUUUCACCUGAACACAAAUGUUAGAGGGCUGAGUUGUAAUAGGUAGCUAGCUACCGCUUUGAUUGUUCAGUUUAACUUGACUGACAUGUAGCUACCAUUUUUAAAAUAAGUCAUUUGUUUUGGACAAGAGGUUUUUGUGUUCUAAAAUCUGUGUAAGGUGUAGAGAAUUGCAAGCAUUUACUGGCACUACAUUAAAGGUUUUUGUGUGCAAGACAUUGUAAUUCAGAGACCAAGCCAAAAUAUAAGAUGUUGUUUACUGCCUAAAUUGUUAUAUAUUAUCCAUGUAGCUUGCUAAGCUAGCUAGCUAUGUCUUUUUUAAACUAAGUGCUGAAACACUGAAACAGUUAAUUAUGUUGACGCAAAUAAGAAUCCGUUGGAAGAUAUGUGAUGUCCCAAACUGUUAAUAAAUCUGAAAUAGAUUUGUAAA